AUGCUGGUGUUUACUACGAUGAUCGUGAUGGCGUGCGAGGAGCUGAAAAGAAGCGGGGAACGAGUCACUACUACUUGUUACAUUCUCAUAACAGAACUGGAGAAAUCCACUUUCAGAGAAGAUCUAUCAGAGUUGGCUGAACUCACCAACAAGCUUACUCCCAAGGUCAUAGCUUCUGGUUUCUACGAAGUUAACCAGUCGUUAUUACCAACAUUAUUUUCAGCUUUCGUAACUUAUCUGAUCAUAUGUAUUCAGUUCAAUAAAACUACUUUCACUUGA